AUGUCAUCAAACCAUGCCAGUCUUGAUGCGGCAUCCACCGACCGCAAAGCCCGCCUCGCCAAGCUCGCAGCUCUGAAGCGCAAGCAACCUGAAGAAGACACAAAUGAGGCCAGUGCGGAAGACCAGGAGCUGCCUGACGCCGAUUCUACGCCAGAUGUGAGCACAAAAUAUCUAUCCGGCCGCAACUACGACCCCGAGACUCGCGGGCCCAAACUGGGCUUCGAGCAUGGCCCGCAAGAGGGCCAGGUGACGCUGGAAGCACAGGCGGCUAAAAUUGCAAGAGCCACAGCGGAACAAGCCAAGAAGGAUGCGGAUGCCGACGAACCCAUUGAUCUGUUCAAACUACAACCUAAGAAACCUAACUGGGACUUGAAGCGCGAUCUAAACGAAAAGCUCAAGAUUCUUGAUGUACGGAUGGAAAAUUCAAUUGCACGGAUGUUGCGACAGCGGUUAGAGGACGCGCAGCGUGAUGCGAAGGCGCGUGGGCCUAAGUCUAACGGAGACGAGCAGGGGGAGGAAGUGGGCAUGGAGGGUGAAGCGCUCGUUGAGGGCAUCCAUAUGCGCGAACGAGAGGAAGCAAAGAGCGACGAAGAAACGAUUUGA